AUGAUCCAGAACCAUAACUUGUCCGAGAAAGUGAUCAACUUGUUGGAAAGCAACCACCAGAUUCUACAAGAGAACUCGCAGCUAAAGGAGAAAGUCUCAUCCUUUCAAUUGCUAAUGGCGGAAAUGCUGAUACCCAUGAGAAAUGUGGAUGGCAGCAGCAGCAACAACGACCGUAAUAUGAAUCAUCUCAGAGGAGAGACUUCGACCAGAAAGUUUCAUGUUCUUGGUGUGCUAAAGUCAAAGGUACUAUGA